UACUUCUGUUGUCAUUUUCCAAGAUAUACUGUCGAGGAAUUAAACCAUACACCAAAUCCCUUCACCACACAUCCACCUUUUCCUCAUUUCCCCUUUGCAAUUUCCCUUCUCCUCUCUUUCUUUCUGCACCAUCUCCAUUUUCAAGAACACACUACCUUUUCAAGCAUAUUUACAACCAGUCUUUUCACAACUUUCCAAAGAAUUCAAUCCUAAAAAAAAGAUUUGGACCUCUUUAUUCCCUUCCUCCCUUUCUCUUUUAUGCUCUUUGAGCUCCUUCUUCCUUUCCCUUGCUCAAGAUCUUGAUUUGGACGAGUGAGUGAAGACACAGAAAGGAAACCCUUGAGAAGAGAAAAAAAAAAGAUGCCCUUGUUGGAGGGUCGCUCAAAUUCAGCACUUCCUGAUCUCUCUCUCAACAUCAGCCCACCAAACUGUGAAAUCAACUCUAAAAGCUCCUUCACGGAGCUCUCGCUGGGCGGGCUAGGCCACCCGCCCAGCGACGAGCUCCAGAAGGGCGAAUACAAAACACAAAACCCUUAUCCGGCCGCGGAAUCGGACGAGCUCAGACCGAUCAAGGGCAUCCCCGUCUAUCCCAACCGUCCCUUCCCGUUCCUCGGCCUCGACAACAAGGAUCCAAAGAUGCGCUACUACCAAAUGCCUUACCCCUCUCCGCCGCCGCCUUAUUUCGUCGCCGAUCACCACCACAUGCCAAUGCUGAAUCUCGGCCCCUCCCCGCCGCCGCCCUACCGCGGCGGCGCGUAUCUCUACGGUGUCGGCCCUUCCUCCCACGAAGCCCCUCCUUCUUCGCAUCAUGGAAUCAUGAGAUCUUCGCGAUUCCUCCCCAAAUUUCCGGCGAAACGGAGCAUGAGAGCGCCGAGAAUGAGAUGGACAAGCACUCUCCACAGCCGCUUCGUUCAUGCAGUGGAGCUGCUCGGCGGCCAUGAAAGGGCGACGCCGAAGUCGGUGUUGGAGCUGAUGGAUGUGAAGGAUCUCACACUGGCGCAUGUGAAGAGCCAUUUACAGAUGUAUCGAACUAUCAAGACCACAGACAAGCCUGCGGCUUCCUCAGGUCAAUCAGAUGGGUCCGGUGAAGAUGAUCUGUCAACCGUGGCUAGCGGGGGGGACCGGUCAGGCUUAAGGCAGUUCUUGGAUCAGAGGGGGGGCGGACCUUCCGGUGGAACUAUGCAACAAGAAUAUGACCUAAACUACCCCUCCACCACUCCUACAUUGUGGAGCAAUUCUUCAAGUAGUAACCGAGAGGGGUGGUUGCAAAGCAACGGUGCUGAUUCACACAGCCUCGUCGGAUCGUUGUCCUUCCCGUGAUUGUCGUCUUAGCUAAGAGGAAAAAAAUGUGUGCACAGAGGUAAUUGGAUUAAAAGGAGAAUCUGAGCUUCUUCGGUAUGGAAAUGGGAGCUACUGCAGCAAAAGAAAGAGAAAGCAUGAGCUAAUACAAACAUUUUCAUUUGAAAUUUUGAAUUCUUGAUCGAGGUUCUUCUCUUUGUUGAUGGAAAAUGAAGGCAUGAACAUAUCUAUAUCUAUAUGUAUACAUACAUAUUUAUAUUUAUAUGUCCAUAAAGAGACGUUCCCAAUCAAGAAGAUGGGCGUGAAGCAGCCGGGAGUAUUUUAUAUUAAUUAGUUUCGACAUGUUCCUUCUCUUUAUUUCUUCGUUUUAGUUUGAUUUGGCUACUAAUGAUUUGCUAAUGUAACAAUUUAACUUAUAUUCUGUCAUCAUGUUGUAAAUGUAACAAUGCAAUUGCUCGUUUCUCUCAUAUUAAAGAGCGUAAAGAUGUUAGAGACA